CAGUUUGCUCUGGACUCUGUUCGUGGGUGAAAGUCCACUCGCCUGUCGUCGCGCUAUUAUCGGAUUCAAUCGUAUCAUACAUCGUCUCGUAGUAGCUGGGAUUUGAUUCAUCCAUUCCAUCGAGCUCUAGGCCGUUAAGAGCGCAACUCGUUCUGUUGUUUAGUGCGCCAUCGAAGUGUCACUUGGGAAUUGUCAAAAUAGAAUUUUCCGAGCAAAGGCAAAUGGUACCAAGUGCACACAGGUCCUCUGAAAGGCAGUGACAUCAGUAGUGUGUGUGGGUUAUCUGGAUUCGAUUGUUUAGCUAUUGUGAAGUGUGUUGCAGAAAUAAGCUACUUAUUCGGAUCCCUAUAUAUGUGACAAAAGUGAAGCCAUCGGGGCACCACUCAUUGCACUCGAUUGGGUGAUCUCAUUCAAAUUUAAGGCACUGCAAUCGUUAAAACUGGCAAUUGGAAUCGCAUAAAGUAAGCCUCGCUGUUGCUGUCUGGCCGCUCUGCUCGUAUUCCUGUUCUCUUUUUGGUGGUGUUUCCAAAAUUGCAUGCAACAUGGGGUGUUUUUUCCCUGUGGCGGGGACAGGUAUGGGAUAAUCAAUUCGAAGUAAACUAGAAUCAGAAAGGAAACGCAACUGCAGCAGAACGACAAGGAACAUAUUCUAAAAGAAUCUAAUUCUUCCUGGCAUUCAGAAUUGAUUCAUCAUCUUUGGGAUACAUAUAUUUAUAAUAUGUCCACGGCACGGCGCGGCACCUUCUUCCUCCAGCGAUAAGAGCUAACCAGAUGCCAAGCCAAAUUGUGCCCCCAUGAGGGAUAACAGCCAGCGCCCAGCUCCGAUUGCUCCCGGCUACUGUCCCAGUGCCGCUGCGGCAGCAACCCCAGCCAAAGUAGUGACAGCAGCAGCAGCAGCUCCGGUGGACCCAAUCCAUUGACUAAAUUGGGAGCACAAGGCACAAAUAAAACAGGACAAAAGGAGAAAAAAUAUGAAAGAGAAGCGAAAGAAGACAAUUGGAAUGAUGGCACCAGGCCUCGAAUCAGUAGUCAAGUGGAAAAUUAUUAUAUCAGCCAUAAUGUUGCUGCUCCUGCUGAGUGAAACAAGUCACGUGCUGGCGGUGCGAAAGGGUCGCCUGAUGUCCCCGAGCACAUUCACUGCACUCAGCGGGGACCUGCAUGUGCAGAUUCAGUUCAAUGGAAACGACACAGGGCCGCCUGUCACGCCCCCACACUUGAGCAGCGACGAACGAGGAGCAUCACAGCAGCACAAGGAGCAGGCGAUGGAGAGGGACUCCUUGACGAGCAGGAAUACCAUAAUGAGCACUUUAGUCAUUAGCAAAAUCAUUGAUGAGGUCGUGCCCUCACCGGAAAAGGGCUUGGCAUCAGGGCAGCACGAUGGCAGCACCAGAGCCAGCAGCAAUGGCAGCCAGGUGCUGCUCCAGCGGAAGCGCAAGGAGGUGGUCCAGAACAUACCCCUCUUUCCGGAUCCACGCUUCAAUGUUACACAGGUGACCGUGCCCUGUCAGACCUUCUUUCUGGGCGGCCUCUAUGAGAUGCAGGUUGUCAGCAACCUAAAGACCAUAUCGGAAGCACCCUCAAACCAGGAACGAGGAAACAGCAGUGAAACCAGACCCAUUCUGACAACGACAACGCUUGUGCCAGCACAGGAUGAGCGGCUGCAGCAGACACUCGAUGUGCGGUGGCCCAGUGCCGAGAUGAUCGUCAGUCCGGUGCGCCUGCGCACCUACCCCAAGGCCCCUGUGGAGGUGACGCUUCGCUUUCCCGAAGUCAAUUGCGAUGAAGCGGGGAAGGUUCCCGGGCUGCCCGAGUUCUGGCUGGAGCUGGUUUACUGCGGCAAAGAGCGCAGCUGCAGCUUGAAUGUCUCCCGGUCCAGCGUGCUCUUUGCCGAGCAGGUGCGUGGCUUUCCCAAGAACAAAAGCCUGCAUCUGGGCUGCCAGCUGUUCGGUCUGGCCGGGAACUAUGCCGUUCAGCUGCGGCCCAUGGUAGCUUCCCAGAAUGUGCCCACCACCCGGCGGCUGCUCAGCGUGGACUGGAGCGAUGAGUUUGUCUUCAAUGUGUAUGCCCGGAGCAUCUUUCCCUGCGAUCCACACACGGGCAUUGGUGUGUUGUACGAGUAUCCCGGCUGCAUUCUGGAGCAGGGCGAUCGGGUGCGCCUCUACGCGAAGCUGCGUGCGGAUGUGGCCUCCCUGAAGCCCCCCACAUCGCUGCACUAUGUCGCCGAGCAGCGGGUGGUCAAGAGCCAGCACUCGUUGUACUUCUCCUGCGAACUAUUCUCCGAGAAGUACGUGGAGUAUUGCUUUGUGUACGUCAGUCAGGCAAUUUCUGGCGCGGUGGCAGAUGUGCGCAUGGACUGCGUUCCUACACUGCCAGUCAGCGAUUCCGAUACUGGUGGCUGGGGUGCAUGGAGCGAGUGGACGUCUUGCUCCACCAACUGCCUGGGAGGAACCCGAAAUCGCUACCGUUUCUGCGAUUCCCCACCGCCGCGCUACGGAGCCAAGUUCUGUGAGGGCGCCUCCGUGGAGACUGAGAAAUGUGGCAAGAGCAUUGGCGACACCUGGGACUGCAUAUACGAGACAUCCGGCAGCUCUUUGAGCAAAUCAAACAACUCGGAAGUCAGUCAGGAGAUCGGACCCGGCUGUCGCUGUGGCUGCAUUGUGCACUUGGGCGCCUCGAAGCCCAAGCGGAUCAUCGCGGGAGCCACUCAAAGCUGCCCGGGACGCUCCUUCUGGCUCAUACAGGUGGAUGGUGAGGAAACCAUUUCCCUUGUGCUGAGCUUCCUUCGCCUGCCCUGCGCCUCUCAGUACAUCAAGGUGCGCGAUGGACCCUCACUCUCAUCCACUUUGCUGGUGGAACUCAGCGGCGGCGGCCUAACUCUCAAGGGAGCUGUUGGCGAGGGCGGCCAUGUCUACAAUCACAUUCCAGUGGCCAUUGAGUCCAGCGGUGGGCAGCUCUUGGUGGAGUUUUCAUCGGGAGAGGCAGCCAACUCGACGUCCGCCACACCUGAGGAUGGAACAGCGGCCGCCUGUACUGGAGGCUUCAUGGCCAAUGUCGGGCAGCAGCUUCCUGGUGCCAGGGUAGCCAACAGCAGUGCGACUCUCAUGGCGGCCACCAGAAUUUCGGGCAAGAGCCGCGCCAUCCACCAGAAAACAGCGAUGUCACGUCUACGCUUCACCCUGGUCCACCUGAGUGCCAUGAUCUUUGCCAGUAUCAUCAUUCUGAUAAGCGCCCUGCUCGGUGCUCAGUAUGUGGUGCGGUAUCGGAAAUAUCAUCUGGCGGUGGCACUGCGACAGGAUGAGGGAUCACGCCUGCACACGCCUCGGGCAUCGCUCAGCUCGCUGCACGGUCCACCGUCGCGUGCCACAUCGACUACGACGCUGCUUUCCGAGGUUAUUUAUCUGGUAAAGAUGCGACCCAAGCACCAUCUGCGCCACUCCAUCCUCCGGGAGAGUGUGGAUGCCGAGAACCUGAACCUCGAGACGGAGUUUAAGGAUGCCUGCCCGAAUGGAUUGCUUGUCAAGGGGGAGCCCAUCCAAGAGCUUGGCAGCUCCGCCUCAAUGCUGACAUUGCGUAACGAACGAUCCUCGCCAGCGCGAUCGCUGGAAGGUGGCAGUGUCAUCGGUUCGCCUUCGUCCGGUGAGGCUGUGUUGUCCUCCAAAGCGGAUGACGGUGAAUGCUCACCGGAGGCGCACAUGCUGCCGGACAGCGCCAAGGACUCGGAGUCCAUCAUAUCCUCCGGCAUGAGUUCCCUGUGCAACAGUCCGCCGAUGAACAGCAAGCGAAUGAGCAAGUACUCGGAUCGCUACGAUGCUGUCACCCUGAAGCUGCUCUCCUCCCGUCUGGACGAGAGUCUGCAGGAUGCCAGCUCGCUGCAUUCCGUGUCCGAGUCGCUGCGAAUGGGUCGCCUGGGCUCGCGCAGUGUCAGCUCUUCCCUGACGAAUGGCUGUUACUCACCCGCCGCCAGCGUGGUCAGCACUGCCACCAUUCGGACGACCAGCAAUCCCAAGGAGUCAAAGGAGAAGCAGAACCGCAGGAAGCUGCUCGCUCGGCCUGGGUCCGAGUUCUCGCUGGGCAAUCAGGAGGAGCUCGAGCUGGACUACUACGACUACAACGUGAUCAACGCAGGCUCAGCACCAGGCUCGUAUCUGGGCAUGGAUCCUGCCUACUUGGUGUGGAUACCGCCCUUCGAGGAGGUGGCCGAACGUGACGACGAAGACAAGACGCCUGAGCCGCAACGGGAGGAGGCAGAGCCGCUGUACGAGGAGAUUCAAAUGCCGAAGUACGGUCACUAUCUGAGUCCCGCCAGCAACACAGAGUCGAGCCGCUCCCACACGGCGGACAACACGCCCAGCUCGGAGGAGCGUUCGCCACCGAACAGCGAGCUCGCCUCCAAGGCAACUUCCCCCUGCGAGACGACGUCCGCUGUCCAGAAGAAUGGAAAGCAGCCCACGCCGUACAUGUCCCGCAAGCAGCGACGACACUCCAAGCAAAGAUUCCUCUCGACAUGCUCCCUGGGCACUGGCGUUGCACCAGAGCACGAGAUACGCACCGUCAGGACUCACCCGAGUGAGAUUGCCGCCGUGCAUCAGAAGCUGGAAGUCGACACGGAGCCCAAUGACUCGAUGACUGGGUCGUAUGUGGAGAAGGAGACUGCCUGCGAGAAGGCGACGAAUGAUUUGCAGGAUUUCCUGGCACUGGAUGACAUACAAUUCGCGGACGAGAGUGGCAGCGACUAUGAGACGGUGACGCUGAAGCAAAUGACAGCCACAAAGGAGUCCAGAAUGGGACACGAUGAUCUGCAAACGAGGCUGCGCUCCAAGUCGCGGGAGGUGUCCGUGUAACGAGAGUAUUAUGUACAUAUAUAGGAACAGCACAAAUAAUGCAGAUUACGUUUAGCCAUAACACUUUUAGGAUUCUGUAAAGUACGGGUACACAUUCACAUACAUAUGACAGCAGGAUAAGAAACGUAGACCACCUUGGAGUAGGAUUAGGAUACAACUGAGAGUACAUCUCUAGUCUCACAUUGUAAAUGUAAAUAUCGCAGCUAAGUUUAAGCUAAUCGCACACAGAUGCAACCCACAAUCUGUUUUUAUUAUUAUCCAACUUUGAUUUAGAGAAUUUAGAGCUAUGGCCUGCCCUUUGUGAUCCUUAUUUACAGCUUUGAGUGCAUUUAAACGCAACAUUCUAGUCAAAAUUAUACGAUUACUGUGUACGUAGUGGAAAUUAUUUUUGGAACUUAAAAAAA